AUUUCCCUAUCUCCCUGAAAUAAAGACCCAAAAAUCUUUCCCGUUUAAGCCCUCACUCGCCACAAACCCUUCUUCCCCGUCUGCCUUUCUUUUCUCCGUUGACGUCUCCAGCCUGUGAAAUCUCAGUCCGGUCGACGACCACAAGUGAAAGGUGGCAGCAGCGUCGAAGGGAGAGAUUGUACCUUUAUUUGUUAGAAACCUCGGAGGAUGGCAGUUUUGUUUAUCUCAAAUAAAAAGAAUACUCAGUUCAAUCCAUCAGAUGGAUCUUUUAAGUGAUUGUUCAUCCCAAACAUGUCUCGGAGGUACGACAGCCGUACAACAAUUUUCUCCCCCGAAGGUCGUUUGUACCAGGUCGAGUAUGCAAUGGAAGCAAUUGGAAAUGCUGGAACUGCCAUUGGGAUACUAUCAAAAGAUGGGGUUGUGCUAGUCGGGGAAAAGAAAGUCACUUCCAAACUCCUGCAGACCUCGACAUCCACUGAGAAGAUGUACAAGAUUGACGACCAUGUUGCAUGCGCAGUGGCUGGAAUCAUGUCUGACGCCAACAUCCUUAUCAACACGGCCAGGGUCCAAGCACAGCGCUAUACUUAUGCAUAUCAGGAGCCAAUGCCAGUUGAACAGCUGGUUCAGUCUCUGUGUGACACCAAGCAAGGAUACACACAGUUUGGUGGGCUUCGACCCUUUGGUGUUUCUUUUCUCUUUGCAGGCUGGGACAAGAACUACGGCUUCCAGCUCUAUAUGAGUGACCCGAGUGGAAACUACGCUGGCUGGAAGGCUGCAGCUAUCGGCGCAAACAACCAGGCGGCGCAGUCAAUGCUGAAGCAGGAUUACAAGGAUGAUAUCACAAGGGAAGAGGCAGUGCAGCUCGCACUCAAGGUGCUUAGCAAGACUAUGGACAGCACCAGCCUCACUGCGGAUAAACUCGAGUUGGCCGAGGUAUUCAUGUCUUCUGGGAAAGUGAAGUACCAGGUGAGCUCACCUGAGUCGCUUCGUAAGUUGCUGUUAAGCUUUGGGUUGACCCAGCCUGCUGCUGAUGCCUCUUAAAUCACCUGUAUCUUGAUUUAUCACUACCUAGCUCCUCCUUGGGCUACUUAUGGACUUGGGGGCGUAUCAGCGGCCUGUUAUUAUUUUUGACCAAAACUUCUACAAUUUCUGUUUGUGUUGGGACCUCCACCUUUUGAGCUGAACUUUAUAGAAUUUCCGGAUAAUCGUUAACAA